AUGUCCGACGCCGCCGAACCCAAGAAGGAGAAGUUCGCUCCAAAGGAGACUGUUACGCUGAACCCACCCAAAGAUGACAUCAUCGAGCGGGAUUAUCUGGCAAAGUGCGAUGGUACAAAUGAAGGUUAUCCAACACUAGUUGCUAUCAAGGGCGAUGUCUUUGAUGUGAGCGGCAAGGAGACAUAUGCGCCUGGAAAGGGCUACCAUGUGUUUGCGGGUAAGGAGCCUAACCGCGCUCUUGGCCUGUCUUCUCUCAAGCCGGAGGACUGCAUAUCGGAUUACUCCGGAUUGUCUGAGAAAGAGCUGGGAGUUUUGAAUGACUGGCACACGUUUUUCAGCAAGCGGUACAAUAUUGUAGGACGACUACAGGCAGAAAGCUCGAAUCUGUAG